CAUAUACCUACCUACCUGUGCCACGACUCCAACCAUCUACUCAGUUAUCAACUACUACUAACAGCCACUACCUACUUACAUCUAUACCUCCCUUACUACCACUACCUACCUACCUAUCGCAACUACCUUUGCAAUCUAUCUCGCCUCACCUCUGUGGUCUAUUACUGCUGCCUAGGAUUUCGCGGGGAAAGAAGACCUUUGAUCCGGUGGUCUCAUUCUACCUACCAUCGACUUCUGCGCAUCGUUUCCCCCAAUUUUCCGCCCGUUCAAUUGACCACCAGCCGGCACAGCCACUUCACUCGAGUUCAUCUAAAUACCCGCCCUUCCGACUUCAUCUCUAAUCACUGUUCCACGAGCAACGGAGUUUCUCGCCUCAACUGUUCGGCAUAGGGCCGCCACAAUCGGUCGGAGAAAAAUGAGUUCGUCUUCUGUUCGAGUACAACACCCACCCACCGGAACUCCUAAAGGGGUCGUCGCUUCUCCCGCCAGUUCAAGUCCAACCUCCAUGAACUUCGACAUUGUCCGCUGUUCGAGAUGUCAGCGUUCCAUGAGCCUUGAGAACGAGUCAUCCCCCGGAGUGGUUCGUUUCGGCAUGAACUCCUACUACUGCAGCCGGUGUGCGUCCAUGGUCGGCUUCAUUCGUUGAAAGACGGGAUCAAUGGACCAACACUCGUGAUUUCAAUUCGGAUGAACCAAACAACAUCAACAUGAACAGUGCUUUCGUCACCUACUCUAACCGCUUGUACCCGAAUCAGAACCAGGCCACAAACCGACGUGAAAUCGCUGGUCUUCCAAU